AUGGAGGGACGCGACAUUGCCAAGGGGGGCAGCUCUGCCUCCGUAGAUGACAACGCUGCCGUCGCGAGGCGCGAGGAGGAGGGCGGAAAGGAAGGCGGGCCUGCAGGCAUGGUGCCCAGAGUCCAGACGCUCUACCGCAAGACCAACAGAAAAGGCAAAGAGUUUUGGUCACUGGAGAAGGGACGAGGUGGGAAACGGGUAACGGACCUCGAGCAGCUGCAAAGCUUCGCAAUCAUCAAAAAGUGCAAAAAGGCAGACCGCAACACGUUUGAACUCGUCAGCGUCGUCAUCCAGUCGCCGCACCUGCUGGAUGUUCUGGACGAGAGAUUUCGAGGCUACCCCGAGUACAGGACCGACUUGGCGCAGGUCGAGCUGGAGGCUCCGUUCGGGUGCUUCCUCCAUCGGUGGGACGCAUUCAAGGCGGCCAGGGAUGCGGAUGGCCAGCAGCCUGAUGCCCAAGAGCUCGUCAAUCUCCUCUACGACAUUAUGGAGAAGGAGCUGUGCGUCCUGAUGCGCAGGAUGGGCAUCUCGAUCAGGCAGAGGUCCGUUCCCUUCGAUGGACUGUGGAUGAUUUUCGCUCCCGGUUGUGACGUCGCCGGCAAGGUGAAUGGCAUGUAUGCCGGGGCCGUCUUCAUAAACGGGAGCUAUAGAGACACUCCGCAGGGCACAUUCUUUGUUCUUUCCUGCAAGAACAUCGACAGGAAUGCGAUCAAGGGCUGGAAUCUAUUUGAGGUCAAGAUUGGUGAAUAUGUUGGCGAGAAGCCCCUGGCCUCCCUCGAGUACUUUCCGCUCCAGUACGGCCGUGAUUCUGCGGGCAUCCGGCAGCAACUGCGCACAUCGGGCGAGGGGUUCGAGAAGCUUCAGAACUACUCCUACAGACACUACGAAGGAGUGGCCCUGUACCACAAGUACAACUGCCCGGAGAUGACCGGGAUUCGCAUCAAAGGCGACAUCAUACUCGACUGGGCGACGUGGGCAAUCCACAGUCCUGGGAAUGGCCCGACCCUCCGUCCGCUGACGGCCACGCAAUGUAGUAGAGUCGAUGAUGCCGACGAUGAACGGCGUCGCAGCCUCAACUGGCGCGCCUGGUACAGAGGGGGAACCACCCGCGCGACAUCCAGUGCCGAAGCUGAGAAACCUCUGACCGAAGACCAGCUGAUCUACACGUCUCCUACGGUCUGUGGCUACUCCUUUAGCAACCGGCGAUGGAUGAGAUUCUUCACCAACUGUAUUCUUCCCCGAGGGAGGACCCGGGCGCUCGAGUCACUGGCUGUCGCGGACAGAAAAAGCAUCCUGGCCGCCACGAAACAGCACAUCUUCAUGAGGGAGUACUCCGAAGGCACCCUCAACUACAAUUCCAAAGGCGUGGUCAUACACCUCCGCGGGGGCCCCGGGACCGGCAAGACGUACACGGCUGAAGCUAUCGCCGAUGCGAUUGACGUGCCCCUUUACACCUUGACCGCAAACGACCUCAUCGCCGUGACCUUCAACAUGAAGGAUACGCUGAAUGUGACUCUCGACAUGCUGGAUAAUUGGAAUGCCGUCCUGCUUAUCGACAAAAGCGAUGAGUUUCUACGACAGUGUGUCGCGAGUGACACCAAGAUGCGCGAAAUGAAGUCCAUUUUGCUGGAUUGUUUAGAUCAUUUCAAGGGCGUGGUUCUCUUUAGCAGCAGCUUUAUCCAGGAGAUGGACGAAACAUUCGAGUCAAAAAUUUCCCUGACGGUAGACUGCGGCCCCCUGGACAAGUCGACGAGGGAGAAGGUGUGGAAGUCGUUAUUAGACAACGUCAUGCCGUGCUUUGGAUCCUCUGUUCGCACUGACCCUGAAGCAUUGGGGUGGCUGGCGAGCUGGAAACUGAACGGUAACGAGAUUAAGAAUAUAGUGAGGAGGGGCACUUACCACGCCACCGCCAAAUCUGAGCCGUUGCGGGAUGAUCAUUUACUUGAUCUCUUAUGGCAACAUGGCAUCCCAUCCCCAGAAAUUGCACUGACAGAGGCGCCUGGAUACCAAUCCGAUCAGCCCCCGUGGGCGUUGACAGACACCGCGGGCUAA